AUGAAGAAGCAGAAGCUCGUUUGCGUUGGGGCAUGUUAUGUCGAUACUAUCCUCGACGUGCCUCAAUACCCGGGCGAGGAUUCUAAAUUACGUGCCACCAAUUUACAAGUCCGUCGUGGUGGCAACUGUCCAAAUACGCUUGAAGUGCUUCAGCAGCUCCUAAAGGGACGGCAUGACGGCGAUCGAGACGUUAAACCUUACCUGAUAUCAUGCUUGCCCAGUGCCGAUGCACCUGCGACGGCAACCAUAGUGGACUCCUUUGGGCAGGAAAGCCUCGUCGAUUUCACGAGGUGCAUAUUCCGCGAGGAUCACCGGCAACCGGCUAGCAGCUACAUCAUACGUAGCGAAGCCACCGGGAGCCGCACCCUCGUUAACUACAACGACUUACCUGAGAUGACGAUCGGCGAGUUCGUCGCCGCCGCCGACGAGCUCGGCGACGAUGCCUGGUUCCACUUCGAGUGCAUUCGGCAUCUGAGGCGGUCGUUCCCCAAUACAAGAGUAAGCGUCGAAGUCGAAAAACCGGGCCGAGAGGGAUUAGAAGACCUGGCGGCUGAAGCGGACGUUGUGUUCUAUUCGCGGACCUGGGCUGAAAGUAAGCGGUACGGUAGUGCUCAGCAAUGUCUGAGUGCCCAAUCGGGCGUGGCCCGCAAAGCCACCGUAGGAGCAGGUGACACCUUCAUUGCCGGUAUGUUGUUCGGGCUGCUGUGCCACCACGAGGACUGGGACACCGAGAAGAAAGUCCAGUUUGCUGUGCAGCUGGCUACGCGCAAGGUGCAACAGGACGGGUUUGGCGGCCUUGGAUCCUUGGGGUUGGGGUUGGAGCGCCAGGAAGUGGCGUCGUCACAAUGA